AUGCACAACAUCUUUGCGAAACAUGACUGGAAACUAUUCUGCGGCCGUUCGGACUUUGGGGCAUCACAAGACGCCAAUAGAACAUUGCCUCAUUCGGAGGAGAGUCAUGAGAAGUUCAUUUGGGUGCGCACUCAACAUCCGAAAAAAAACAUUACGCUCCUUCAUCGGGCUCCUGCACCAACCAAAAAGCCUGAUAAAGGCACUCGGUCCAACGGCGCAUAUGUGAUGAAGUUCUGCACUCCCCCGGGAGUACGCAAGACCAUCACGUUAACCUUCCCCCCGCCUGAUAUCGGCCCACCAGUGGGUACAAUGCUAUAUCCAGUGAUGGAGAUCUAUGGUAGCGGCAAGCAUCCUGCACCGUACGGUCGCUUACCAGAAUUGGGCCAAUGGACGAUUGGAAAGUGGCAGAUCGCCUGGGCGUCCGGGUCGACCGGAAGAGGCCACAAGGGUCUUGGAAAUCGUUCUAUUUCCAGCGUUGGCAACGCCGCUUGA